UAGGUUUUCCUUUCAUCUUCUCUUUUCGUAGUUGCUGUUCGGCUUCGUUGUUUUGUAGUGUUGAGAUUGCACGCGUCGCUUCUUCGGCUCUUUCGUUCUUCGUGGCUGUUCGACUGCGCUCCUUCGACGACUUUCCCUUCCUGUCGGAUCGGAAGUUACGACAUUUUGAUCGGAUGCAACAACGGGAGCUCGCUGGCUUUGAAGGUUUCAGGUAGAAAAACUCAAUGAGCUUCCACCAUACUAAAGGAGGGAUCUUUGAUGGCCUGCCUAUUCCUGCUGAUAAGGCUUACUUGAGAGAAGGACUCUCUAGAAUAGAUGAAAGUUGGGCCGCUGCACGCUUCGACUCAUUGCCUCAUGUGGUCCAUAUCUUAACGUCGAGGGAUCGUGAAGGUGAAGUUCAAUUCUUGAAGGAACAAAGUGACCUUAUUGAGGAUGUUGUGGAUGAAGUUGUUCACUCUUAUCAUCAUGGUUUCAAUAAAGCAAUUCAGAACUACUCCCAAAUCUUGCGGCUAUUUAGUGAAUCUGCAGAAAGUAUUUCCAUAUUGAAAGUUGACAUGGCGGAAGCAAAGAAACGGCUAAGCUCUCACAAUAAGCAAUUGCGUCAAAUGUGGUAUCGGUCUCUUACACUUCGUCACAUAUUAUCUCUGCUGGAUCAAAUUGAAGGUGUAGCCAAGGUUCCUUCUCGAAUUGAGAAGCUUAUUGCAGAAAAGCAACUAUAUGCUGCUGUUCAAUUGCAUGUUCGGUCAUCAUUGAUGCUUGAGAGGGAAGGUCUUCAAGUGGUUGGUGCUCUUCAAGAUGUUCGAUCAGAAUUAAUCAAGUUACGUGGGGUGCUUUUCUAUAAAGUUCUGGAAGAUCUAAACAGUCAUCUUUACAACAAGGGUGAAUACAGCUCAGCUAGCUUAAACAUGCCAGAGAAGGAUGAUGAAGUGCCAACUACAACAGCUGUCUCAUUCUCAGUAAGCAGUUCACAUCCAAUUUCAAAGAGAACCAGAUCAAUAAAGGCUGAUAAUCACUUAAGUGGCUCCGCAUUUGGUGAUGGAUCUUUUAGAACCAUUUCUAUUGAUGGAGGUUCCUCUCUUGAUGGUCAUGAUGAUGAGAGUACUCUUGAUGUUACUGAUGGUGGUACCUCUGAUGGGCAAGUGAAGGAUGUUAGAGGCAUUUCUCGUCAAAUUCCAACAUGGCUUUCAUCUGCAACUCCGGAUGAGUUUAUUGAAUCAGUGAGAAAACACGAUGCUCCCCUUAAUAUUAAGUAUUUACGGACAUUGGUUGAAUGUCUUUGCAUGCUUGGCAAAGUUGCUGCUGCCGGUGCAAUAAUAUGUCAACGGUUACGUCCAACUAUUCACAAAAUUAUCACAUCGAAAAUAAAAGCUUAUGCAGCAAGAACUUCAUCAAGGUCAUGUGUUGAUCCGCCUGGAAAAACAGCUCUAUCUGAUCUUUUCUCAAAAGGUACAUUUGGAAGCUAUCACAUUGUUAAGCAAAAGGUUAAGAAUGGAACAACUCUUUUGGGGACACAGUUGGUUGCUGGUCCAGUAUCUCCUACAAUGACACCGGUAGGAACAGCACAAUCUGCAGCUAGUGAGCUUCUCAGUUCCAUCUUUGAUUCAAUAACUCGUAUACUUGAGAACCAUGUUGUUGUUGGUGAGCUUCUGGAUUCAAAAUCAUCUCAGAAAAGUGAUAUUAUAAACACGAGUUCUAUGAAUGGGGAAACAAGCUGGAAUUCAGACUCUGAAUUGUCUCAAGCAGCUGGCGGCUUUAGUGUAGCUUUUUCUUUGGCAGUCAUGCAGAGUGAAUGCCAACAACUCAUUUGUGAGAUAUUGCGAGCAACUCCAGAGGCUGCAACUGCAGAUGCUGCUGUCCAAACAGCUAGGCUUGCAAAUAAGGCUCCUGUAAAAGAGAAGAGGGAAGGAGCUGAUGGUCUUUCAUUUGCUUUUCGCUUUACAGAUCCAACCUCGUCUAUGCCCAACCAAGGAGUUGGCCAAGGAUGGAGAAGGGGAUCGAAUGUACAACAAGAAGGAUAUGGUACUGCAGCUGUGCUUUCUGAAGAAGGUAUUUACCUAGCAGCAUCUAUCUAUCGCCCAGUGCUUCAGUUUACUGAUAAAAUUGCAUCAAUGCUACCCAAGAAGUAUUCACAACUUGGAAAUGAUGGCUUAUUAGCAUUCAUAGAGAAUUUUCUGAAGGACCAUUUUCUGCCAGCAAUGUUUGUGGAUUACCGAAAAUGUGUUCAACAAGCUAUAGCAAGUCCAGCAGCUUUUAGGCCACGAGCUCAUGCUGCUAUAGUGUAUAGUCUGUCAGUAGAGCAGGGACGACCUGUGUUGCAAGGCUUAUUAGCUAUUGAUUACUUAGCAAAAGAGGUGCUUAGCUGGGCAAGGUUGAUACCAAAAUAUUCCAAUGAGCUAAUUGAAUAUGUCCAGACAUUUCUUGAGCGUGCUUUUGAGAGAUGUCGAACAUCAUAUACAGAGGCUGUUUUAGAAAAGCAGAGUUAUUUGCUUCUUGGAAGGAGUGAUGUUGAGAAGUUGAUGAGAUUAGACCCAGCCAAUUCUUGGUUUCAAAACUCAUAUGGGCCAAUGAUGGAAAACAGUGUAUCAGAUACAGAGAGUAUUGAAGCUGACAGAGAAAUGAGCAAUAUAUUGCUGAGUUUAAGGCCAAUUAAACAGGAGAAUUUGAUCCAUGAUGAUAAUAAAGUCAUUUUAUUGGCAUCCCUUAGCGACUCCCUGGAAUUCUUAGCCGAUUCUGUUGAAAGGUUUGGAGAAUCUAUUGUAAAACCAGCUGCUGGCUCCGACAACAAGAAGCAUUCUUAUCAGACUAACCACCAUAGGAGGACUCCAAGUGUGCUUACCAAGACUUUGACAUCUCUUGCAGAUGAGUACAGAAAACUUGCAAUUGAUUGUCUUAAGGUUCUACGAUUGGAAAUGCAGUUGGAAACAAUUUUUCACAUGCAAGAAAUGGCCAGUAGGGAAUAUUUGGAGGAUCAGGAUGCAGAAGAGCCUGAUGAUUUCAUUAUAUCAUUGACUUCUCAGAUUACACGUAGGGAUGAGGAAGUGGCACCAUUUGUUGCCGAAUGGAAGAGAAACUAUAUAUUUGGUGGAAUAAGCAGUAUUGCAGCAAACACUUCUGUCCAGGUUCUUGGUGAAAUGAAAUCGAUUAAUCUACUUGGUGUCCAGCAGAUAUGCAGAAAUUCUAUCGCACUUGAGCAGGCUCUGGCUGCUAUACCCUCGAUGGACAAUGAGGCUGUUCAACAAAGAUUGGACCGUGUUAGGACAUAUUAUGAGCUCCUAAGUCUGCCAUUUGAGGCUUUACUUGCUUUCAUCACCGACCAUGAGUACCUUUUUACACCAAAGGAAUAUUCAAACCUCUUGAAAGUGAAGGUUCCAGGCAGAGAGAUCCCUCAUGACGCACAACACAGGGUAUCCGAAAUCCUAGGUCAUUAGGUUUCCUUCUGGAUCUUUAUUUUUACCUUGAAGGAAAAUAAUCUGCCCUGCCCAUUCCAUCUUUGUUGUUCAUAGAGCUGCUUCUUUGUUGUUUUUGUUUGUUAUUAUUAAGCUCUGUUGCAUUGCAUUCAUGGCUAUUCUUUUCAGGGUCAAGUAGUAUUCUUAUAGAAACAAAUGUUAUUAAUUAUAUAUUUCGUAAACUAUUUUACUUUUGUAAUGACCCCAACUUUGCAUAUUUUAAAAUUUUGUGAGAUAAUGACCCCCACAUGCAAA